GCCAAUCGGUUUUGUUGACCAUCUCUAGUUUACUACACAAAUGUGCACAUUAAAUAAUUAAAAUAAGUAUAUUAUGAAGUAUACACUAAAAUAAACAUUUCUUUGCGCUUGGUGGAAAUCAAUCGAAGCAGUGGGACAGCGGGCGAAAUGCAACUAAGCCCGUAAAAGCAUUUAAUUCCCGAAUAAAAUAUACACAGAGAAUAAAUCUAGAGACAAACCCAAACCCAUACGUACGUACAUAUGUAUGUACAUAUAUACAUAUAUAUAUAUAGACAUAUGUAUACAUACAUACAUAUACAAAAACAUAUAUAUAUAUAAAAGCAGCAAGCGGGGAAGAGGAAGCAUAACACACAUCAAAAGGAGCAAGAGAAUCGUAGUUAGAAUUCGUCAAGUCGUCAUCCAGGCACAAAGUAUUUCUAUUGACAGGCAAAAGAAAUAAAAUUGAAAAAAUAGAAGAAAUUGAAUACCGAAAAAAGCUUAGGUUUAUACCUAAAAUAACGAAGAAAAAAACUAAAAUCGAAAGAAGCAGAGAAAUAGAAACAAGCGAAAGAGAAAAAAACAUCAAAUGCAACAACAGCAAGAUUCAUCGGGUGGCGAGGAGAGCUGGCUGGAGGAGCAAUAUCAUCGGGAGAUCGAUGGUCAACAUGAUGAAUGUGAAAGGGAAUAUGCAUGUCAGAGGGACAAUAAUUUGAGCACCGUUUGGGGCGCAUUCCAGGAUUCGGCCACAGCGGUUGCUCAGCUUUAUCGUGAGCGCUCAUCGAACACGUUUCAACACACAGCAGCCCCAACAGCAGAUGCCACAUCGGCAGGCGGUCACGGAGCUGGAACUGGAGCCGGAGCCUUGUGGCUGCCAUUUCAGACAGCAGCCGGCACCGUAACAACUUUAUAUAAAGAAUCAUGUGAUGGUCUGAAACGUACCAGCGAUGCUGCUGUACAAUGUGGCUACCAACGACGCACACGUGAAUUGGCCGAUUGGGCGCGCAGCAAAAAACGCCGCAUGAUUCGACGUGAGGAUCUAUUAGCCUAUUUGGCUGGUAAGCCGACACCACCGCCGACUACACACAAUCAUCCACAUGCCAAUCGUCGAUCACCCAAGCCAGAACAUAUUCAUCAUCAUGGUUGUGGUGUGGGUCUUCCUUCAGGCGCUGCUUCCAUAGGAGCUAGUGGUUUUGUUAGCUCUGGUCUAGGUAUCGCUUCAUUACCCUCGUCUCCCAAUAUUGGUGCCGCUGCUGUUGCCGGUGCUGGAGCUGCUGGAGGUGUACAUGGCGCAGGUGGUGGCCUAAAUCCUGGCGGUAUCGGAGAUGAUUUGCACACAUUUAAGGAGGCCUUAGUUUUGCGUCCACGCGGUCCGGAACUAUUUGCAUUUGUUGCCAAUGAAAUAGCGCGUCACUGCAAGCGUCCCGGCAGCCCAAUCGAUGAUAAAAUGGAUAUAUGUCAUUAUAGUAGUAAACGUCAGCGUUUUAUGUAAUCAGGACAACAAGAAAAGGACGCUUCGACCCGCCACACUACCACCACCACCAGCAUCCCCGUUAACCAUAGCACCAUCCGCAUCCUCAUAACUUUUCCAGCAAUUUUUCUCUAUUCUCCAGCGACAGCCAAUAGACAAGAAAACAAACAAGCAAAACAAAAACACACACUUAAGAUAUGGGAAACGAACAUAAGGAAAUUAUGUUUGAUAAUUUUGUUUAUACAUGCUUACUUGUACAUUUUGCUUAGUUUUAAUUUAUAAGAAUAACCUUUUCCAUUUUA